GCCUGAUUGAUAUACAUUCUACCGUUUCUCUCCUCUUGCACCCUUCGAUUGUCACUUUUGUCGCGACUUCCGCACCUCCAGUCCUCUGCUGCGUAGACAAAGGCCGAUCCUCUCCUCCCAACAGGCCAUCCAUUCCUACACACUAUGGUCUCCCAACGAAGCCCACGAUGGCUUCUCCUGCCCGCGGCAUAUGCUGCCGUCGCAUCUGCUGUCGCGGUUCCCUCUGCUACGCCUACGGUUGUGGUGCCAGUGCCAAUGGUUGCACCGGCUCCACUUGUUACCCCUGCGGCGAUUCAAUUCGAUUCCACGCGGAGUUAUUAUCGAAGAAACAUUUUGAGUGACAUCGAGGGUGAUGGGAAGAGCAUUUUGAGCGCGCUUGGAAGUGACAUUCCAAGCUAUGUUCUUUCUGGUGUUCCCAACUUCUUCCAAGACUUCCCCACCGGCGACGCUGUCAAGAGUUCCCUAGGAAUCAGCGACAGCGACCUAGCCGCGACCCCUACGCAAGCCCUUCUCAUCCCUCCGUAUGCCAAUUGGACAGACCAAGGCUGGAACGUUCGCUUCCAUGGCAACAUCUACAAGACUCCAAACAUCAGUUCCUCCAAAUUGGACGAUCUGGCCAACAAGUUCCUCAUCGGCGUAGAACUUUCGAGCUUACCGACAGACCAGCAGAACCAAGCCAGGAAUUUGACCAAGGAGAUUUUCGUCGUUCAGCAAGGAGGCGUGAAUGUCUCGUUUCACCUCGAGCCGUCUCCAUCAAACGGCGCAUCGGGUCAACCAGGCGGAGGAGGAGCCAUUACUCCCGGAGGAGGAACACAAAACAUCACAUUCCCGUACGAGACCACCGUUGAAGGUGACUUCGAUGCCUUUGUCCCCAUCAAAAACGUUUCUGGCGCUGGACUGCUUGCCGGAAACGAAACCCAAAACAUCCAGCGCAUGAAUGUCUACACGAACGGAUCCAUCGAUGGCAACGCGACCGCCUACCUCGUCCCGCCUACCGGCAUUACCAUCAUCUCGGAUAUUGAUGACAUCCUGCGCGUCACCAAAAUCUACGAGCCGACAGAGGGUCUUCUCAACUCAUUCGCUCGUGCAUUCGUGCCAUGGAUGAACAUGCCCGACAUCUACGCCAACUGGUCGCGUUCUCUCCCCAACAGCACGCAUUUCCACUACCUGACCACCACCCCGGAGCAGGUGACGCGUAACUACAUGGACUUCAUCUACAAGACGUAUCCCGGCGGCUCUUUUGACACCCGUCCUCUUAACUUCUCUGAUGUCAAUGCCACGCUCAGCAUUCGCUUAUUCCUGCUCAACAAGAUCUUCGACACGUACCCGGAGCGCAAGUUCGUUCUUGUGGCAGAUACCUCGAACUCGGACGUCAUGAAGGAUUACCCACUGCUCGCGCAUGACCGCCCGAACAACGUGCAGUGCAUUUUCCUCCGCAACACCUCAGCGACCGAUUCCGGCGACAAGUUCCCGUACGACACGAGCGGGUUCCAGGGACUGAACAACAAGAGCUACAUGUUCUUCAAGACGCCAGAUGACCUGAUGGGUCUGGAUAUUGCGAACGGGAAUUGUCUCAACCAGAGCAUCCUGCAGAACCUGACGUUCGGGUACCAGGACGAGGCGAUAGGGAUUCACGGGGCGGCGGGUAAGACGAAUGUCAGGAGCAGUGCCAUUGGCAGUUUGCUGAUUGCGAUUGUGGCUGCGAUGGUGUUGAUGGUAUAAUAGAUGAAGAAUAGGAAAGGUACGAGCGAUUGAGUUCACGAACGAGGUUAUGAGGGAUAGGGAUUGGGAUGGCAUUGGCUCGGAAUUGAGUAUUGCUUGCCUGUAAUUAUUAUAAUCAUGAUGUUCUGAGCAAGCGCCGUGUCUUCUCCAU